CGGGAAAUUUGGCAACAUGGUGGAAAAACAACCUAAAGAAUUUCGAUCCUAUUUUGUUUUCUAUUAAUGUCGGUGAAUUAAUUCUUAGUGUAAAAAUUUAUCACUGUUAGCAAGAAAGCUGAAUUUAUAUUCAUGCUAAGUGGUUCUGGAUAUUUGGGAUCGAUUUGUUGUGAUAAUUUGCUACGUUCGUGUCGUUCGACAGUUCGUAGAGAUGGAUGAAUGCGACCUUCCGUAUCCAGAGGAGGAUGACUUCGAAGACCAGUACGCUGAUGAACUGGAAGUUUUAAACGAGAUUGGAGGAGUAGAUGGACCUCCUUCAAGAAAAUCGCUAAAUUUCGAUGGCCAUUCCGUGAAGGGAUUAGACUUAAGUAGCCAGGAAACGUCGAUGGAUUCAACUAAAGACUCGACCACAUCAAAAAAGAGAUCAAGUGAUGAUAUGUAUGGAAAUAUAUCAGAUGAUGAUGAUAAUGAUUAUGCUGCUAAAACACUACCAGAUCUUGUUAUGGACGUUUUAAGUCCACUGAAAAAGAGAAAAAGGCAAAAGAGUCCAGAAUCAAAAGAUUUAGAAGAUCUUAAUGGAAAUACUUUUCCAAUGGAACACAACAAUUUAAGAAAAAACAUAUCGCCAUUUAGGUCUCAGACAUAUUUGGAUAAACAAUCACCUAUUACCAACUCACAAGCCAUGAGACAUCUGGAUUACUCUCGGCGCACUAGUGUAUAUACCAGACCACCUAUGGGCAAAGAUACAGUGACGAUCACCAGGACAGACGGACAGAGAUUGUACCUUGGACUGAGAGACCAAUCAAGUGAGGAGAGUCCAAAAAAGAAUAAGCAGUUUAAGUCUCAUCAAGAUUCAUUACAGUUGCUUCAGAUGCCUUUCAGCACGUUGAGACAACAGGUCGAUGAGGAGCGAAGGAGAAAAAUGACAGAAGAAUCAGACAGGAUAGCUGCUUCACUAAGAAGGGCACUGCAAGGUGAUUCUGAUGCAGAUAACAUGGACACAGAUGAGGCUGACAUAGAGCAAGAGGUCCCUGAACUACCCCAACAUUCUCUCUGGGUUGAGAAGUACUCACCCAAGCUGUUCACAGAACUACUUAGUGAUGAUGCAAUAAAUAGGACACUCCUAAAAUGGCUUAAACUCUGGGAUAAAGUCGUUUUUAACAAGAUGAAGGAGCAUGACAAGAAGCAACAUGCCGAACAGAAAAAAGAAAAAGAAAACAUGAAGGGCCCCAAGAAGUUUGGGAGUUUUAAUAAAGGUGGAAUUGAAAAUGAAGAAUGGCUGGAAGUGGAUACAAAUGGAUACCCUGUCAGAAAGGUUGCUUUACUCUGUGGUCCCCCAGGCCUCGGCAAAACAACCCUGGCACAUGUAAUUGCAAGGCAUGCUGGUUACAACGUGGUGGAAAUGAAUGCAAGUGAUGAUCGAACAGCUGAUGUGUUCAAGCAGAAGAUUGAGACAUCCACACAAAUGAAAUCUGUCCUUGGAAAAGAUGAAAGGCCAAAUUGUUUGGUGAUUGAUGAGAUUGAUGGGGCUCCAACGCCAGCAAUCAAUGUUUUGCUUUCAUUUAUCAAGAAAAAAGAAUCAGAUGGAAGCAAGAGUAAAAAAAAGAACAAAUCACAACCACUCUCAAGACCAAUAAUUUGCAUUUGCAAUGACCAGUUUGUUCCAUCUCUUCGCCAGCUUCGUCAAUUAGCUCUGAUUGCAGUUUUUCCAAAAACAAUUCCUGGACGUCUGUCAGUGAGGCUUCAAGAGAUUUCCAAACGAGAGUGUGUCAAAACAGACAUGACAACGUUGUUAGCCCUGUGCGAUAAAGCAGAUAAUGACAUCAGGUCCUGCCUCAAUACUCUACAGUUUGUACACAAACGUCAUGGCCGACUAUCUCUGGAUUAUGUACAAUCAGCAGACAUUGGACAGAAGGAUCUUCACAAGAAUCUCUUUGCCAUAAUGCAAGAGAUCUUCCAACUGCCUAAACCAAAAAGAAAGCGUUUUGCAGGAUUCACUGAAAACAUGCGCCGCAUAGAUGCAAAUGGAGGCCUUAGGGAUGGACCAGGAUUUGGUGGAAAAUCUGCAUUUCUAGGGCAGAGUGUGUCUGCAUUGUCCGGUAGAUUCCAUAAUAUUCUUAGAUCGGUGAGCUCUUGUGGCCAGUAUGAGAAGCUUACACAAGGAUUAUUUGAAAAUUAUCUCAACAUAAAGUUCAAGGACUCUGGCUUCAAUUCAAUCAUAUCAGGGACUGAAUGGUUGGAAUUCUCAGAUUUCAUAGAGCAACAAGUCAACUCGUCUCAGCAAUACAUCCUUCGUCGUUAUAGUCCAUUCUUAGCUGUGUCCUUCCAUCUUCUCUACGCCACACCAACAUCAUCCAAGCUUAGUUAUCCCAGCACCCAAUACGAGUGUCACCUCAAACAAGUAAAGACUUCCAAUUUGAUAACAACAAUGAAAUCUGAUGCAUCACCUCGUAUCAGACGAUUCAUGGAUGAGCGAAUCGCUUGUACUGAACUAUUCCCACCAUUAUUAGAUGUUCUUACACCAAAUAUGAGACCGGUCAAUAUGCAGUUAUUUAGCUCUCGAGAAAAGCAACAACUAGCUGAGUUGAUCGAUACCAUGAUUGCCUACAACCUGACCUACCACCAAGAAAGAAACUACGAGGGACAGUACAGCUAUGUAUUGGACCCGAAUGUUGAAGAAAUUGUCAAGUUUCUCACUCUUCCUCAACACAAACAGCUGACAUAUGCAACAAAGCAACUGAUCGCACGAGAGAUUGAGCUAGAGAAAAUGAGAAGAGCAGAAAAAAUGACCCACGCACGAGACGAGAAUACUGGCCAUGGAUCGAUACCUACAAAGAAGACAGCAAAAGAUAACAAACCAGUAACAGUACUCAAACCAGACACAAGCAAAGUCAUGAUCAAAGCACCAGUAAAGGUCGCUUUGGAUUUCUUUGGACAGCCACUUAAACCCAAAACUUAUAGUUCUUCACAAGAAGGUAACUUUUUAAAAUACUUCUGCCUCAUAUUCUCACAGUUUGUACACAAACGUCAUGGCCGACUAUCUCUGGAUUAUGUACAAUCAGCAGACAUUGGACAGAAGGAUCUUCACAAGAAUCUCUUUGCCAUAAUGCAAGAGAUCUUCCAACUGCCUAAACCAAAAAGAAAGCGUUUUGCAGGAUUCACUGAAAACAUGCGCCGCAUAGAUGCAAAUGGAGGCCUUAGGGAUGGACCAGGAUUUGGUGGAAAAUCUGCAUUUCUAGGGCAGAGUGUGUCUGCAUUGUCCGGUAGAUUCCAUAAUAUUCUUAGAUCGGUGAGCUCUUGUGGCCAGUAUGAGAAGCUUACACAAGGAUUAUUUGAAAAUUAUCUCAACAUAAAGUUCAAGGACUCUGGCUUCAAUUCAAUCAUAUCAGGGACUGAAUGGUUGGAAUUCUCAGAUUUCAUAGAGCAACAAGUCAACUCGUCUCAGCAAUACAUCCUUCGUCGUUAUAGUCCAUUCUUAGCUGUGUCCUUCCAUCUUCUCUACGCCACACCAACAUCAUCCAAGCUUAGUUAUCCCAGCACCCAAUACGAGUGUCACCUCAAACAAGUAAAGACUUCCAAUUUGAUAACAACAAUGAAAUCUGAUGCAUCACCUCGUAUCAGACGAUUCAUGGAUGAGCGAAUCGCUUGUACUGAACUAUUCCCACCAUUAUUAGAUGUUCUUACACCAAAUAUGAGACCGGUCAAUAUGCAGUUAUUUAGCUCUCGAGAAAAGCAACAACUAGCUGAGUUGAUCGAUACCAUGAUUGCCUACAACCUGACCUACCACCAAGAAAGAAACUACGAGGGACAGUACAGCUAUGUAUUGGACCCGAAUGUUGAAGAAAUUGUCAAGUUUCUCACUCUUCCUCAACACAAACAGCUGACAUAUGCAACAAAGCAACUGAUCGCACGAGAGAUUGAGCUAGAGAAAAUGAGAAGAGCAGAAAAAAUGACCCACGCACGAGACGAGAAUACUGGCCAUGGAUCGAUACCUACAAAGAAGACAGCAAAAGAUAACAAACCAGUAACAGUACUCAAACCAGACACAAGCAAAGUCAUGAUCAAAGCACCAGUAAAGGUCGCUUUGGAUUUCUUUGGACAGCCACUUAAACCCAAAACUUAUAGUUCUUCACAAGAAGGGUCAAAUCCAGAAAGUAACACUAGAGAAAAACCCUCCCAGGUUAUCUGGUUCAAAUUCAACGAAGGUUACAGCAAUGCGGUCAGGAAAAACGUAAAAAUACAAGAUUUUCUUUGAUGUUCAUAUCAUAUUAACGUGAAAAAAAUAUCCACAUUUUGAUCGAGCAAAUGUUUUGUAAUAACGGCAGUAGUAAAUAACAAGGAGGACAGGAGUAAAGGAUGAAAGGAAGGAAGAAAAGCAGGAAAAAGAAAUAAUUUGUAAAUUGACUGUAUGUCAUAGGACGUUAACAGGACUUUUUCUGUUCCGCUUUGAAUAAAAAUAUAUGAAAUGUCUACCUGA